AUUUAUCAGAAGAGGAAUGGCAGGAGAAGGUCAGUGCCUGUAAUGCUGCAAAACAUGAAAUCUGCGAAAUCUUAAAAACUAUAAAAGAUGCAAACUUUUUAAAUAAAGUUAAGAACAAUUUAGAGAAACGUAAGAAGAAACGUAUGAGAGAACGAUUCAGAAGGGAAGAAUGGAAAAAGGAGAAAUUACUGAAGGAAGAAAGAAGAGCAAGGUUACAUGCAGAAGUUGAUGCGUGGAUCCGAAAAGAGCAGGCGGUAAUUAAGCGAGAGAAACAAGAGGAGAACUUGCGUAAAGAUGCGGAUAUGGUUUUAUCCGAUGUUCGAAGCAAGAGAAACGAUGCACGAAAGUAUCUAGGGAUUUUACAAGAACUACAGAAUUUACGAGAGAUCAAAGCGAAUAUUGCUCGAGCGAGAGGCGAGAAAUUGUCCUUAGCAGCUGAGAAAGCCUUCAAUAAUACCAUCGCUAAAUUAAUAGAACAGUGGACUACUUUGGAUCGCGAGUAUGCAAUAGAAGAACAGGAAUUGAAAUUAAUGCUAAAAACAGAUAACGAAAAAAGGAUCGAAAAACAAACGAAAAAUUUAUUCGAUGAUUGGGAAAAUGUGCUAUUUGGAACAAAUAUAUUGGCUGCUGAACAAUCUUAUAAAAAUAUAGAUAGUUUUGUCAUGAUUCGUAAAGCCUGGGAUAAGUUCAUCAGUUCAGAAAAUGAUACAACAACGAUUCCAAUUGGGUGGAUAGUGCCUGAAAGACCAUCUUCUGCUGCUUGGCAAAAAUGUCUCAAUAAGGAGACUUCUUGAAAUAAGCAAAUGACUUUUUGUCAAUUUAAGUUUAUUUAAAAAAAUAAAAAACAAUUUGCUAAAAUAUUUUCACUUAAGCUUGUGACUUGUAUACACCAAACAAAUACAAACUUUUUCACUAUAAA